UGUGUACCAUCGCUAAUCCCGAGAUUUGUUUACAAAUUAGAAUCGGCGGAAAUGGCCGAUUCUGAUUCAAACGAGGUCCUAAUUGAGGAAAUAGACAGCAACGAUGUGCCGGAAAACGAGUUGGAGCAGUUCCAGGAGACGGAGCCGCUGCGCGUGGUAGACAUCAUCGACUGCGAUGCAGACGGCGAACGACGCUGCAUCGCUGAUGACGAGGAGGAGGGUGCACUGAUUAAGCGCUACGUGCAGGGUGUUCAGUGCCUAGAGUUCCCGGACUUCUGCACCAAGCUGGAGGCCAGCGACGAGGAUGAGGAGGGCAAUGAUGAGGAGCCCGGUGAGGCGGCCAGCAGCGUCGAGAAGCCGAACACUUCGGCGCAAGCGAAAACGCCACAGGAACAGUCGACGGGAAGUGGUCGUUCUGGAGGAGGAGGCUUUCGGAAAAGCCAACUUAGCACCGCCCUGCAAGGACUGAUGGGAGAGGCCAAUCUAAGCUUUGUGUACGGCCGCUUUGAAACAGCCGAGCGCAUCUGCAUGGAGAUCAUCCGACAGAAUCCACUGGCCAGUGAACCGUUCUACACGCUGGCCGAAAUCUAUGAGAACCGUGAUGAGGUCAAGUUCCUGAACUUCUCCACAUUGGCGGCCCACUUGAAUCCCCAGGACCGAGACAUGUGGAUACGUGUCUCCGAUCUGCUGGUGCAGCAGGGCAACUUGGCCCGUGCGCGUCUCAUCUACACGAAGGCCAUCAAAAUGCUGCCCAAAGUGUACCAGCUUCGGCUGCGUAAGGCGCAGCUGUUGCAAAAAAUGGGCGAAACCAAUGCCUCCAUGUUUACGUACUUGAAAAUGCUGCCCCUGAUGCCGCCGGAUGAGUGGAAAAUGUGCCUGAAUACGGCCAAAAACGUAGCCCGGUACUUUCAUGUGCUGGAGAAGCACUCGCUUGCCCUGGAGGCCAUGGAAGGGGCGUACAGUGUGUGUGGUGCGCGGUUCACCCUGGAGGAUAUAAACAUCUAUUUGGAACUGCUGAUCCUGAAUAAACAGUAUGCCAAGGUUCUUCGGUGCCUACGAGAGCGCACCAAUUUUGAGCUCGAGAACGACCAAGAGGAGAGUCUGGAGCUUAUAUACUUCUGCGAGAUCCCAGAUGACUAUGUCCCCGAACUGCGGGCCAAGCUCUGCGUCAGUCUCAUCCACAUGCGGGCCCACCAUUUACUGGGCUAUCUUAUCCAGAAUGUCCAAGAGCACAUCACGCUGACGGCGGAUCGAGUCGAGCUAUACAUGGACAUUACCGAGGCUCUGAUGCAGGAGCACAAGUAUGCUGAAGCCAUUGCGCUGAUGAGUCCCAUAACCGAUGGCGACACCGUAGAGUGUCCGGCAUUCGUGUGGCUGCGGCAGGCCGAGUGUCUUCGCCAGCUAAACCGAACCAACGAGGCCAUUCAGAGCUACGAGAAGGUAGUGCAACUGGCGCCCUUCUGCUACGACGCGCGGUUCACCCUCUCCGCUCUGCUAAAACAGCAAGGCCGGCACGAGGAGGCUGUCCAGGCAUUGGAGCAACCGGGAGAGGCUGAGGGCCAGCCUCUUAUUGCCCGCCUGCUGUAUGAGAGAUGUGUGAUGCUACAGCAGAUCGGGCGCAUUGAGGAGUUCUUGGAUGUGGGAUAUGCCCUGCUCAGUCGGCACUCCAUCAAGCUGUACAACCGCGAGGAGAUGAUGGCGGCCGCAAAUGGAGGCAGUGCUUACAAUUCGGAGAGCCUCAAGACUAUCAUCCAAAUGAGGAGCAAGGCGGUUGACAACUCUGCGGAGCAGGAUCUUCAGGAUCCUGCAAAAAAUGCCGCCAGCGAGACCUCCGAUCUGACCGUUAAGGAUGAAUUUGAGCUCUUUCGGGAGCUUGUGCGUACGGCUUUCAAGCAUGGCAUGCACAGCGCCGCUGAAAAGAUCUGCUUUGCCAUGGUCACCACAAAAAGAUUCACCUACUACCAUCACGAGAUCGAGAGAAUUAUGGUACUAACCUGCUACUACAACGACGACUGUGCCAUAGCCUUCUCGUAUCUGCGUGAGCUGAUCGCCAAACAGCCCAGCCAGACAACGCUGUGGAACAUGCUUUCGCUCAUGAUUCAAAAGGGUGACGAAGUGCGUUAUUAUCGCUAUAUGCGCCGCCUGAUGCAACGACAUCCGGUCGAUACCAAGCCGAUGCGAAUAUUCCAGGGCCACUAUCACCUCAACUGUGCAUCUUUUAAGUAUGCUCUAAACAUCUACAUGCCCAUUCUGCGCGAGAACCCGGAUCCCCUGGUGGCCCUCUGCAUAGCUGUUGCCUUUAACCAGCUGUCUCUGCAGAAGAAGGUGCUCCGCAAGUCAGCUUCUGUGGCCCAAGCCGUGGCCUUUGGCCAGCGCUACAAGGAGUUACGAUCUGCCGGCCAUGAGCUAGCAGAUUGCGCCGCCCAGCAGGAGAUAUUUUACAACAUCGGACGUAUCUAUCACCAGGCCAACAUCCUUCACCUGGCCGUGGAGUACUAUGAAAAGGCACUGGCCGUGCCCGUGCAUCAACUAAUCGCGGAGCAUGAAUCUACGCUUGGCCUGCAGCAUGAAGUGGCCUUCAACCUGCACCUCAUCUACCGAGCCAAUGGAAACAAGUGGAAGGCACGCCAAUAUCUGAUGCGAUACUGUGUGGUGUAAUCAGCGGCGUUCAUGAAUUGUUUGUUACUCGACUAUUAGUUUUAAUUAUUGUAAAUAUAUUUGUAUUCAUUGGCACGUUAAA